CAUCAACUGCUGUCUUGGUCGACUCUAUGCAGAUUUUUCCUGAAUCCAUAUAUCUUAUUUACCCCACGCUGGCACAAAUGGACUUUGGCAAGUUCAAGUCAGUUUUCCUGAAAUCGCACGAGUGCUUGGAAAGAUGGCUCGCGCUCCAGGAUGCGGGCGCUCGGCUGCUCGCGAACGCUGGAAACAUUAUUCAGCGCCUACCCGUACUUCAUGACCGCCGCAACUACGCAGCGCUACCCGACUCACAGCAGCUGCAAACGCUUGUGCUAGCAAAGCAGAUUCGAGCCCUGGAGUCGGUCUUUGGGCGCCUACAGGAGAACAUCUCUGAGAUGGCUUCGGUGACUCGCGCCCAGGAGCGGCUGGUGGUGGAGAGCUGGAAGCUGCUUGGCGAGCACCCCAGUGCAGCGGCGUGUGGCGCGGUGCAGUCAGGCGGUGCCAGCGUGGCCCAGCUAGUGGAGUGCAUGGAGGACGUGUGGCGCUGUUGUCGGGACGACCUGGCUGUGCGGGCGGCGGCGCUGGCCGGCAUGAGCCACACCACCUCGCCGCAGCAGUUUGCGCGGCUGAGCGGCGCCCUGGCAGCCAGCACGGGCCUGGGCAAGUGGAGCCUGCCGGUGGUGCUCAUGUCCAGUGUGGCGCCCGUGCUGAGGGGCUGACAAGUUGGAGCCAGGAGGGUGGGGGGCACAAAGACACAUCGACAACCGAAGGCGGAGGAGUCGAAGGAGGAGGACAGGUGAUGCAAUGCUGCGCCCCUGGGGGCGGUGUCAACGGCGCCGCCGUCUGCACGGCACGGCAAUGGAGUGUGCAUGUUCCUCCUCGCAGCUGGAUGCGGCGGCUGCAAGGCGGCGGCGUAAAAACGCUCACGCGUGUGUGCAAGUGUUACUUACACGGCUCGCAAGCACACCCGUGGUACGUUUGGGUGGAGUGGGGCAAGGACAUCGCGCCGCUGGUGUAGACGUCAGCGGCCCAUAGUGGCCCGCAAUCGCAAUCGCAUUCAUACGGUAGUGACAGGCCUCAUGGACUGUGUGGCGAUGGACAUGGGUGCAUGGAACCUUGGACAUGGGUGCAUGGACUCAAGCCCGCACGCGCACGACCCAGAAGCACACAGCUUGCACCCUAGUGGCUUCUUGUCACUUGCUUGUUAUUCAUGCCACCUCGUUUGACCGCAUGCAGGGCCACGAGGCGGAUGGUCAUUACGGCCGGACGCGGGCCGGGGCCCAAGCCCCACGUCACCCCCAACCCCGCGGGCAACUGCGUGUCGCGGUCACUACAACUUAAGACAACAGCAAGCCAGGUCGGCAUUUUAUUAUAUGUGCCUGUUAUAACCAUUCAUUCCUAUACUAUUUGAUUAGACUUGCAAGACUCGCAAGAUAGCAAACAUGGGUGGUGUUACAUUUGACCGGCACUUGAAGGCGUGCGCCGGGUGUCACUACACGGAGCUUGAAGACAAGAAGCGUGCGUUUUGGAAACGGGCGACUUGGAAAAGGAAAGAGUAUGACCAUGUGGAAUGGUACCUCGAAGCGUGCCCGAAGGAGCUUCCAAAGGGCUAUUUCUGGGAUUUGGAUUGGGCAUGUCAGGAUUGCACAAAGGAGAACUUGCGCCGACAGCCACAUCCGUGCGUUGUUAUGUGAGCACGCCACGGACGCUGCUGCCUCCUUCCCGCCGUCAAAUAAUGCCGGUAACGGCCUGGCGGUGCGGCCUGGCGCAGGAACGCCAGCGCGUUGUUGUAGGUGACAUGCAGCUUUUCUUUUGGCCUGGUCUCUGGUCUCACGCCUGCACACUCUCGAGACGGAGGGCAGGAGCAGCUAGCAGGAGGGCCCUGCGGACGCUCGGUGGGGUGAAGAGGAGUGAAGGAGGAACCGGAGCCACACAUACCUGUUUGCAAGGCUCCCGGCGAAGCCAGACUUGGCCAUUGCUACGGGCCUCUGUUCGAGAAUUACUUAAUUCGGAUGGGGUUCGGUGGGGCGCGCGCGGUGGAGCGAGGCGGCAUUCUGUAUGUUGAUCUGCGCGCUUCAUUACGCUUCGCUACUUGAGUCGUCGAGCAGCAGGUUCGAUGUUGUGGCGUGAGAGCCGCCUCAUCCAGGUGAGCGCACGUGCUUGAGUGCUAUGCCGCAGUAGGGUGCAGGUAAUAAUUGUAUGGUGCAGGACGGAGGCGUGUGACAUGGAUGUGGGAUGCACGAGGCCUUCUGUUAGGGCAGGGGCGCUCUCACGGCUGGUGGCUGCUGGUGGCUGCUGCGCGCAUUGGCUUGCGAAAUCAUGUUGAUGUCAGGAGUGUGUGUGUGGGGGGGAGGUCGGCGCCCUUUGGAUAAACGCAGAGGUGUGACUUGCACGCAGUGCAUGGGCGCCUGUACUUCGUUGCGAGCGAGUCCGUAUGUUUGCUGAGCAAGCUUGACUGAUUCAAGCGGCAUUGGUUGACGCGCGUGCCUGUGGUACUCAAGGUGGUACUAUAUUAUUCUUGCACGUGACCCUCGUACGUGCGAAUGAUUCUCAGUGUGCGGUCCAAGUGACAUUCCAGCGAGUGCGCGUUGCGGAUAGCAUAUGAGACAAGGGUGGAGGAAUGGACAAGGCAAUUGGGGCAGAAGGUUUCUGGACGGAGGGAGGGGGCGGGGGGCGGGUCAAACCGCGACGCUGAGACACCUGGGCUUUAUGCAGUUGGCAGAUUAGUUGCAAGGCCUGCAGGGGAUCAGUGGCAGGCUGAUUUCAAAGGCGGUCAGAAGGCUUUGCGCACGAAUGGGAUCAUACAUGGCUUGCCUGAUUGCCCGCCGCCUCUUGUCGCCCUUGCCGGCGCGGCGCCGCGGUAGAGCGGUGCGCGGUCCUGGACAAAAGUGAUGUGCCGGUGAAUGCGUACGUGUACAAGGAGGAGUGCUGGUGUGCGGGACUCUCAGUGUCAUCCCUCGGAGCCGACAUGAUGCUUGCAUGUGGUGGGGGCGGCCCCGCGCGCUCACGCAGCACGCAGCGGUGCGUGGCUGCCAGCACGAGCCGCGCGCACAGUCUGUAUGUAAGGACUGUAAGUC